AUGAAAUUGACAAGAAAUCUAAAAGAUGUUCUACCUUCAACUACAAGUGAAAAAAUUGAAGAUAUUCAAGAUAAAAAUAAAGUUGAAGGUUCAAAAAAAUAUACCAAAAACACAGCAAGGAGAACCGUGGUGGAAAUAGUUAAUAAAUUAAGAAAAAAUGAAGAUGAAAAGACUAUUGAUGAAAAUGUUGAAAAAGAAAAAAGUUUAGAAGGUGAUGAGAUUCAAAAAAAGAAAACAAAAAAAUUGAUGAAGCAAGAUGAAUAUGUUUUGAAGACACUUGAAAAGAAAACAACACAAAAAAUCAUACGGAGUCCAAGAUUACAAAAAACAAAAAAGAAAAAGUCGAUGAAGCAAGACAAAUCUGUUUUCAAGACACCUGAAAAGAAAACAACUCAAGGAAAAAGAAAAAGAAAAACAAAGACUUUUGAAGUAGUCAAAGAAAAAAAGGAAAAAGUGCCAAUAAAUUCAAAUGACAGAGUAUCUUUGAGAACAAGAAUGAGCCCAAAGAAGUUUUAUGAUAUUGUUAAAUCUUUAAACAAAGAACAGAAAAAAGCUGUUAGAGAAAUGGGAUUGGGAUCUUUGCUGAGAAUUGCAACCAAUGGAAUUUCUGGGAAAUUGGCACGUUUUGUUGUGAAUUCAUUCAAUCCAUCAGAUAUGAAAAUCCAUCUACCUAAUGCGAAGAUAGACAUAACACUAGAACUUGUUCAUGAUUUGCUUGGAAUUCCUCUAGGCAAAACAGAUAUGAGAGAAAUUGACUGGUGUGGUUUUAUAACCAAUUGCUUGAAAAUGUCAAAGAUGACGUGGGAUGAAACCGAUAGAGGAAACUACUAUUGUGGGCCACUUCUUGUAUUAUUGUUAGCUUAUUUGGAGUUUAUGAGGAAUGAUAAGAAUGAAAAAAGACAAAUACAUGCACUACAUUUUUUGGAUUAUGAAAUGAUGGUGAAAAGGGAAAAAGCUGAGUUAAAGAGUGGUGACUUUGGAACUUUGGAAUGGAAUGAUGAUGUUAUAGAGAAUGAUGAAGAAUCCGACACCGAUCAAAAUGAAGAUAUGAAACUCGAUGAAUUGGUGUUCAAAGCGAAAAAGAAUUACAAAAAACUAGUGAAUGAUAAACUGAAGUUUGGAAAGUUAAUUGAGUUUUUAACAACAAAAUUCACAGAAAGCGAUGAGUUGAAAGAUAUGAAGAAAGUCUUUGAACAAGAAUUCAUUUAUAAAACUCAAAAUUAA